AAAUUAAAAGUAGAAAUUUAAGAGGUGCGUGCUCCACGGCUUAAAUUAUCUUCAAGCUCAGUAUUUCUCGUUGAGUUGAAUUUCGUUCUCUUUUUGAACUCCGAUCAGGAUCUUUCUGUUGAUCAGCAACUUCUCCUGCCUAUAUAUACGUGGCCUGAGCCAACCCCUCAACCAAAUUCUCAAUCCUCAGUCAAUUCUCGACACUCUGUUGUUUUCUGUUUGGUUCCUCAGAUUCUCGCCGAGAAUAUAAGAGAUGGAAAUUGAUCUGUCGCCGAAGUUGGCCAAGAAGUUGUACGGUGACAAUGGGGGAUCGUACCAUGCAUGGUGCCCUACAGAACUUCCAAUGCUGCGCGAAGGCAACAUAGGAGCGGCCAAGCUUGCUCUCGAGAGGCAUGGCUUUGCUCUCCCUCGCUACUCCGAUUCUUCCAAGGUCGCUUAUGUUCUUCAAGGGAGCGGCGUUGCGGGAGUUGUCCUCCCAGAAUCUGAGGAGAAGGUUGUUGCAAUUAAGAAGGGCGAUGCUCUCGCCCUCCCCUUCGGCGUUGUCACCUGGUGGUACAACAAAGAGGACACUGAGCUAGUUGUUCUCUUCCUUGGCGACACCUCAAAAGCCCACAAAUCGGGCGAGUUCACCGAUUUCUUCCUAACAGGCUCGAAUGGUAUCUUCACUGGUUUCUCUACCGAGUUCGUGGGCCGAGCUUGGGACUUGGAAGAAAAAGUUGUCCACGACCUGGUCGGGAAGCAGUCGGGCUGCGGCAUUGUCAAGCUGGAUACUUCAUUCAAAAUGCCUGAGCCAAAGAAGGAGCACAGAGAUGGCAUGGCCUUGAACUGUGAGGAGGCUCCACUGGAUGUGGACAUAAAGAAUGGUGGAAGGGUUGUGGUGUUGAACACCAAGAACUUGCCUCUGGUGGGUGAGGUUGGGCUGGGAGCUGAUCUGGUUAGGCUGGAUGGUGGUGCCAUGUGCUCUCCUGGCUUCUCCUGUGACUCUGCCCUCCAAGUGACCUACAUUGUUCGGGGAAGCGGCCGUGUCCAGGUUGUUGGCGUCGAUGGCCACCGGGUGCUAGAAACUACUGUCAAGGCUGGCAAUUUGUUCAUCGUUCCGAGGUUUUUCGUGGUUUCGAAGAUUGCUGAUGCUUCUGGGCUGGAGUGGUUCUCCAUCAUUACCACUCCCAAUCCUAUAUUUACUCAUUUAGCAGGAAGAACUUCAGCGUGGAAGGCACUGUCCCCUCAAGUGCUCGAGGCAUCCUUCAAUGUGUCGAGCGAUGUAGAGAAGCAUUUCCGCUCGAAGAGGAUGUCUGAUGCCAUCUUCUUUCCUCCACCAAAUUAAGAAGAAGAAAUCAAGCUUUCGUAUUUCAAGUUUCUGAGUCGUUUCAAUAAAUCUUUGGGAGUUUAUGUAGGGAGUUCUUUCCCUAUGUCAGGCUGAGAGUUUUAAUACUUUUGAUUCGGGAUGCUGUUUAUAUUUCAUUGCGCACAGUUCCAUUUGAAUUUUCAUAUGGUUUGGCAGUCAUUUGCCUUGAUAUAAAGCUGAAAACAUUUCCUACUC